AUGGCAGAAGAAGCAGUUGGAGCAGCAGCAAUCGAGGUAAAGCAGGUCCUCGAAGAAACACUACCAGCAAGAGUUCGAGAGGGCAGCGUCAAAGCUGAGGAUGAAGCAUCAACCAAGAAGGGAGAGGAACCAGCGCCGCAGGCGGAAGGUGAUCCUGGAGAGGAAUCUGAAGAUGAAGGAGGCGAGGAACUACAAGAAAUUUCAGCUGCAGAGCAUGAAGAAAACAUCGCCGUUAUGGAGCAGAUCCUGGAGUCUUUUUUGGAGAUGGCAGCCGAGGGCCGCAUGCCAACGAGAGAACAGAAAAGCCAGUUUGUAUUGAAGGGGAAGGUGGAUUCCACAUCUGACCUGUUGGCAUCUCCAGAAGAGGACGUAGAAGAGGUAUUACAGGAGGAAGAGUUCGAGGUUCCUGAGGAGGAUGAGGAGGUGGCAGAAGAGGAGGAGGAGGAGUCAAAGAGUGUGCAGGAGGCCUGGGUCAGACGGCAGCAGCUGCUGGACGAAUUCGACGCUUUGCACGACGAGGGGCAGAGGCUGCGCAUCAUGAACUUGCUGCUCCAGUCCAGGGUGCUGCGCUCCAUGCGGCGGCCAAAGCACAAAGGCCGCGGCGCUUCGUCCACUGCCUCAGCAGCGUCCGCGUCCGCGUCGUCGCGUUCAGAACCACAGGUUGCAGGAGACCCAGUCGCGAUCGCUGAAACUCUUGAGAAAGAACUGAUGGAAGCUGGAGAGGUGCGGCGCCAUUUGGAGGCUGAGCUGAGCCACAGCGCGGAGGAGGAGCACCUGCGGAAUCGGCUGAGCGCUGCGCGCGAAAAGGUGGCCGCGAAGGAGGCACAGCUGUUGCAGCUGCAGGAAAAGGCCAUCUCCAAGAUGCGCGCGACGCCCGGGCGCCGGCAGGAGGCGGAGCGAAUGCUGAAGCGCGUGUGGCCACAGCUGACGCGACUGCGACAGGAGCGUCUGCUGCACAUGCGAGCCGAGAACGAGAUGGAGAGCGCCAAGCGACAGGUCGCCGAGCUGGAGGCGUUCGGGCUUAAUCGUUCUGUGGCAGCCUACGAACAGCUGGCGGCCGACGGCGUCAAGCUGGCGGAACACGUGCAGGAGCGCACGGAACAACUGACAGCGCUGCGCAACGCCGCCGACCGGGACCUGCAGCAGGCGGCACACCUGCGCGAGACGCUCCAGGGCGCUCACUAUUCCGUGCUCGAAGCACGGCGCAAUGAUGUGCGCGCCUCUAUGUUCCUGCAGAAGGCUAGACAGGAAGUGCUCAAGACGAAGAGGAGGCGUGACGUGCUGUACAAGGAGAGUUCCAAACUCACACAGCAGAUGCAGCUGCUGGCAUACCCGGAGCUUCUCCGUAACCAAGAGCAAACCUUGGCGUACCCUGAGGGGCACUGA